AUGUCUAAUAAUUUACUAUCAAAUCGCGGACGUGAAAUUUUACCGAAAGACGGUUUCAUGUAUGUCUUCGAUAAAUUUAAUUUUAAUAAUACAAAGCGAUUUUGGAGGUGUCGCAAUAAAGAUUCUUGUAAGUGUCGAAUUCAUACCGGAAUUAAUGAUUAUAUUAUUCAAAAAAAAAUUAACGACCAUACGCAUGAUUCCGAGGCAGCUAAAAUUGAAGUAGAGGCUGCAAUUACAAAAAUUAAGACACGUGCACUUCAAACAAUGGAACCUACAUCAGUUGUAAUAAACGAAUGUGUUGGACCUUUAUCCGAAGCAGCUAAAGCCACUUUGCCAAAUAAUUCAUCAUUGAAAAAAACGGUUCGCCGAAAACGUCAGGAAAUCCAAAUGGCACCAAAUAAUCCAGCUGACCUAACUACACUUAACAUCCCACCCGCUUAUACUAUGUAUUCUCCAUCAAACGGUAAUGAGGAAAUAUUUUUACAAUGUGAUAGUGGUCCGGGACCUAAUAGAAUAUUAAUUUUUGCUCGAUCUAAGAGCCUAGAUAUUUUGGAGAAUUCAAAAAUUUGGUACAUGGAUGGGACAUUUAAAGUUGCACCUACAUUAUUCAGUCAAGUUUAUGUAAUAUUAGCUGAAUAUUUACACGGUAUUGUGCCUAUGGUUUACAUUUUACUCCCUGAUAAACAAUCAGUUACAUAUGAUCAUAUGUUUUUAAUGUUAAAAAAUUUAAGACCUAAUUUAAAACCUAAAUCAAUUUCAUGCGAUUUCGAACAAGCGGCCAUAAAAUCAAUAAAAAAAGCAUUUUCUGAUGUUAAAAUAUAUGGAUGUUUAUUUCAUUUGUCGAAAAAUUUUAAAAAACAAGUUGGUGUAUUAAAUCUCACAACUCGAUACAAUAAUGACGCUGAUUUUUCCAUAUCAGUUAAAAUGAUAAUUUCAUUAGAUUUUGUAAGGUUAGAAGACCUUGAUUUUGCAGUUGAUUUACUGGCUCAACAUCUUGAUGAAGAAUUAAAUGACUUAUUAGAAUGGUUCGAAGACAAUUAUAUAGGUCGAACUAACCGUAAUGCGAAGAAAUGCGCGUUUCCCUCCAGAAACUUGGAAUCUAUAUGA